CUGCCGUAAACCUAAACGUUGGACCAAACUUUAUUGACACCACCGAAUUGACAACAGUGUGUCCUUCACUCCUGUCAAAUUUUGGAGUGCUUCUUUUAACCCUACAACCGGCGUUGGUUUUUUUAAGGAAAACGCUCUUUUGUGGACCAUGGCAGCAAAGAUUUUCCCUGUCAUCAAACUGGCCACGAAAGUGACGAUUGCUGGAGGAGCUCUUUAUGUAGCUUAUGACUCCGGACUUCUGGGCACCAGCGAGCAGGGAUCUGAGGCUCUGGGGCGGGCCAGAGCUGCCAUACCACCCGCUUUGGAGGAGUGGAUGAAGUACUUUGGCCUGGAGGCUAGGCUUCCUACAAUACCCAAGGUUGAAUUCUCUCCAGUCAUGGCCUGGAAUUCUGGGGUGCGGUCUUCCAUUUCAGCUCUGUCUGAGGCGCCAAGAAAAGCAACUGAAUAUUCCACUCGGGGCUUGCAAUACAUGAAAGAUCUCGCCAAGUGAACAGGAACAUCUCAUGGGACUAACGGGUUAUUGUUAAUAAAAUUGUUUAUCACUUUGCACUUGACUGACAUGUCCUCAAGAGUUUUCACCUAUUGAGCAGGGGUGGGGAACAUCUGGGAAAUAAAGAGGUUGUUUGGCCCUGGUAUACAAUUCUAAAUGCAAAUACAACCUCAGACAACCUGUUAUAAAAAAAAAAAAAAAGUGGCAUGCUCCUAAAAUUUAAAGUUAUGUAAAUGUAGCAUCAUAUUGUCCACUAAGAGGACUAAAAUGACCCAAGUGUAAAAAGGUUCCCCACUUGUGUUCAAUAAAAGGGAUGUCCACAAAGUUGCUCACCUCAAGGGAUGUAGGGUGUGGUAUUGUAUAUAAUGCUAUCAUAUAACGUUUUUCAAUAAACUGCUAAGUUUGUGUGCAUUCUAUAA